GUACGUCCCUUCCCCGGCACCUGCUGCUGACCUCACCGGCCCCACCUUCCCUCCUCAGCCCGCAGCCGCCGCUCCCACAAGUUUUGACAGUUGUUGUGAGGUGGUGCUGCGAGAGGCUGGAACCGGGCAUGGUGAGGAGCCGGGGCGGCGGGCGCAGCUAGCGGGUGUACGGAGAGAGAGAGCCGGUCACUGAGGAGACGAGCGCAGCCAUGUCCCGGGACCCGGAGGCCGUGGCCAGGAUCACCGAGAACACCUACAAGAAUGUUAUGGACCAAUUCAACCCCGGAUUAAGGAAUUUGGUUAAUUUGGGAAGAAAUUAUGAAAAAGCAGUAUCUGUAAUGGUACAAGCUGGAAAAGCUUAUUAUGAUGGACUGACCAAGGUGGGAGAAAUGACUACAGUAUCACCGGUAUCAAAAGAGCUGGGUUUGGUCCUGCAGGAGAUCUCCUCUGUGCACAAAAAGCUAAAUGAAAGCUUUGAAGAAAAUUUUCGAAAGUUCCACCGAGAAAUUAUUGGAGAGCUAGAGAAGAAGACCGAUCAAGAUAUCAAAUAUAUGAAUGCCACACUAAAGAGAUUCCAGACAGAACACAGACAUAAAAUUGAUUCUCUUGAAAAAUCGCAGUCAGACCUAAAGAAAUUAAGGAGAAAAAGCCAAGGCACCAAAAAUGGUGGCAAGUAUGACAUGAAAGAAUCAGAGUACAUGGAGACCAUUAAUUCCCGCCAGAAUGACAUCCAGAAAUUCAUAGUUGAUGGCUGCAAAGACGCACUACUGGAGGAAAAGAGACGUUUCUGCUUCCUGGUGGACCGACACUGUAGUUUUGCUAAUUAUCUCAAUUAUUAUCACAUACAGAGUACUGAUUUGCUCACUGCCAAAAUACCCAAGUGGCAGGAAAUAUGCACAGAUGUCGCACAGGUCCCAGAUAAUAUCAGUAAUAUGAUCCCAGAUCUGAAUACUCCUGGAACCACACCUAUAUCUGGGACCCCGGACCCAUCUCCCCUCAUGGACAAGAAGGCACUGAUGGGUGUGAACAAUGACACCAUCUCCAGGAACACAUUAAGGAUGCCUCCAGCACCCCCAAGCAAGGCACAUCCCAGUCCCCUAGUGGAUAUGUUCAACAAUCCAGCAGCUCCUCAGAAGCCGACAUUUAACAGACUACCAUCACAAGGUGAAAACAAUGAAGAGAGCAGCUUGCCACGAUCUUUGUCUGUAGCCACAGGGCUGAACAUGAUGAAGAAGUCAAAAGUCAGAACCAUUUUUCCUCACACUGGAAAUAGUAAGACUUUACUAAGCUUUCAACAAGGAGAUGUCAUUACUCUACUUAUCCCAGAAGAGAAGGAUGGCUGGCUGUACGGAGAACAUGACACAACAAAAGUCAAAGGCUGGUUCCCAUCAUCUUAUACCAGACCAUUGGAAGAGAACGGAAGAGAAACCAUGCAGAUGCCAAGCAUGAAUCCCAGCCCUGCACCAAUGAGAAGUCUCAGCUCAGCCAACCUUACUGAGAAGAAUAACAUGGUUCUUCCCGAACCAGACUACUUAGACUCAUCUUCACUAAGCAGCUCAAGUGAUCGUGAACAGGCUUCCUUCACGCCACCUUUUGCCAAACAAUCUGCCCUAUUCUCUAGUAAUGAAUCUCCUAAAUCAGCACAGAAACCAACACCCAAUGGAGUUAUGAAACAUCCGUUCCUAAGCGGAGAAAAUCCAUUUGUUACCGUCAAGCUCCGACCUACCGUCACAAACGACCGAUCAGCACCCGUCAUUUGAUAAGCAGAGCCUAUUAAUUUAAUUACUAUUUUAAAUCUUUUUAUGUAUCUUCAGUUAUGUGAAGUAAUUGUUUCUGUUUCUUCAUCGUUUUUGUGUUGAUUUGUGCAUUGAUUUCAACUAUAAAAAACAAACAAACAAAAAAACAGAA